AUGGACAUUAGCUUAUAUCAACAAUUCAAUAUACAGUCUAUUAUCAAUCCUUACCGCUUUAAUCAUUAAAAUAUUAUUCUCUAUCCUAAAACUUCAGAGAAAGUGUUUACAAAUAAUGAAAUUUUAAUACAUAUUUGUGGAUUUCUUGAAGAAAAAGAUAUUUUAAUCUUGAUGCGCGUUAACAAAUAUUUAUCAAAACUUGCAGAGAACAUUCCCAAAUUGGAAAUUCGACUUCUAAAAUACCAGCUUAAAUCUGCUAAUAACAAAUUAAAUGAGUAAAAAAAUAAAUAAUCAAAUAGAAGCUAAGGCAUUAACGGGUUUCCUUUUCCUCUAUCUACUGAUUAAAUGUAAUUAAAGGGUACUACGAGUCGUCUAUCACCUUUUUUCAAAUUAUUAAAUGGAAAAAAACCAGAACUUUCCAAAAGCAAAUCGGAGUGCUAAAACUAAGGUGAAGAUCAUGUUUUCCAUAUGAGUGUUCCUCCUUAAUUUUUAAAAGAAGUUGAAAAUAUGCAAGAAAUAAAUAAGCAAUAAUCUUUAAAUAAUUUCUUUUUAUACAAUUAAAUGAAAAAUGGAACUCUCGAUUCUGAUACUAAACUCGUUCUUGAACUCAAAAAAGAAAUUUAUGACUGCUUAAGAGAGGACUAUGAAGAAAAGUAAAGUAACAGCAAGCUCAAAGUAAUACCAAAGCUGCUAUUUUCUAAUCCUUAGAAAAAUACUGAAGAAUAUGUCAAAGCUUAAUUGGAAUGGAUUGAAGUUAAAUCUGAGCUCAAAGAUAAAACAGGGAAAAUAUUAAAACAAACAGGAAAAAUGCUCUGUCCAGCAGUUCAUGUUAAAAAAAUCAUUAAUAAGUUCAAAAAAAAUGAUUAAAGCUGUUCCUAGUGA